AUGUCGUCAGUCUCUGCUGCUGCUGCCCUGGAAACUGAAGAUCCCGUAGAGUUGAUGCUUAAGAAAACUGGUUGCAUUGAAUUGCAUUACAAAGUACAAGAGUGCAUUGCUGAAACAGGAGAUUGGCGCCGCUGCCAAGAGGUGGUGAAAGAGUUUAAGCAGUGCAUGCAAAAAUACACGGAAGCACAAAUGAAAAAAUACGCUCAAACCAAAUAAAACAAAAACAAAAAAUAAAAAAAU